UUAGGGCGCUACGAACGCGGCCGAGCACUGGCUGCGAGCGCGAUCGAGGACUCGCUGCGAACGCGACCGAGAUCUGGCUGCGCGCGCGACCAAUAACUCGCUGCGGAAGAUUGACGGUGCGCCCUCUCUUUCCCUUCCUUCGGCACCCCCUCCUCCCCUUCUACCGGCGCCCCCUCCUUCCCUUGCAUCGGCACGCCCUGCCCUUCCAUCGGCGCCCACUUCACUCCUUCCAUGGCACCCACCCCCACCGUCCCUCCACGUCCUCCCCCUUCAACCCUCGCUCGCGCGACUCUUCCUCGCUUGCUCUUCCACAGCUCGGCAAGGCGAACCAUUCGUUCUCGCUCGCCCGGUCGAGGGGGUCCGACGAUGCCCCCUGCCCCCUGGUCGACGCGAGCUACGGCCUCGCUCUACCUCGGAGAGCUACACCCUCGCGCUUCCUCGUGGAGCUACACCCUCGCGCUUCCUCGGGGAGCUCAGAGAUACGCUCUCGGUCGAGGGAGCUCGGCGAGCGACGACCGCUCGCCCGAGCGAGGCGACGCGCCCCGGGUCGCUCAGCGAGUGGGUGGAGGAGGUGCGAGCGGGGCGACGAGAGACGGAGGUGCGGGCGGGGCGACGAGAGACGGAGGUGCGGGCGGGGCGACGAGAGACGGAGGCGCGAGCGGGGCGACGCACUCGGUCGAGGGAGCCCGGCGAGCGACGAAGGGGCACGGCAAGCCAGCGACGCGCACUCGCUCGGUUGAGAGGCGGUGAGAGACGAAAGUGCAAGGUCGAAGGAGCCCGGCCAGCAAUGCGCCCUCGGUCGAAGGAGCCCGGCGAGCGAUGCGCCCUCGGUCGAAGGCAGUCCCGCGCUAGGAGCGAUGGCGAGCGACGCACUCUCGGUCAAAGAGAUCCCAGCCCAGCGACGCCCUCGGUCGAGGGAGCCCGGCGAGCGAGGGACUGAGGAGGGAAGGUGAGGAGAGCUCUGUCGAGGGAGGGGAGGGGAGCGAUGUGCCCUCGGUCGAAGGAGCCCGUCGACGCACCCCGGUUGAAGG